AAUCAGGGACUCUGAGCUAGGGGACAGUUCAAUCAGACACGCAGCUGGACCGGACAGGGCGGCUUCCGGGUUUGGCGCGGCCUUUGUGUCUCGCUUCAGCCGGAGCUCCAGGUCUCGUCUUCGCUGCUCUUUGUCCUCUGCUCUUAGAGGCCCAGACUCUGUGGCUCUGUGACCGACAGGCAUUGGGAGAUCCACAGCUAAGACGCCAGGACCCCCUGGAAGCCUAGAAAUGGGACUAUUGACAUUUAUGGAUGUGGCUGUAGAAUUCUCUCUGGAGGAGUGGCAGUGCCUAGACACAGCACAGCAGAAUUUAUAUAGGAAUGUCAUGUUAGAGAACUACAGAAACCUGGUAUUCCUGGGUAUUGCUGUGUCUAAUUUAGACCUGAUCACCUGUCUGGAGCAAGGAAAAGAGCCCUGGAAUAUGAAGAGACACGAGAUGGUAGCCAAACCCCCAGCUAUGUGUUCUCAUUUUGCCAAAGACCUUAGGCCAGAGCAGUACAUAAAAAAUUCAUUCCAACAAGUGAUACUGAGAAGAUAUGGAAAAUGUGGAUAUCAGAAUUUACAAUUAAGAAAAGGCUGUAAAAGUGUGGAUGAGCAUAAGUUGCACAAAGGAGGUCAUAAGGAACUUAACCAAUGUGUGACAACUACCCAGAGCACAGUAGUUCAGUAUGAUAAAUAUGUGAAAGUCUUUCAUAAAUAUUCAAAGAGACAUAAGAUAAGACAUACUGGAAAAAAUCCUUUCAAAUGUAAAGAAUGUGGCAAAUCAUUUUGCAUGCUUUCACAACUAACUCAACAUGAGAUAAUUCAUACUGGAGAGAAACCCUACAAAUGUGGAGAAUGUGGCAAAGCUUUUAAAAAGUCCUCAAACCUUACUAAUCAUAAGAUAAUUCAUACUGGAGAGAAACCCUACAAAUGUGAAGAAUGUGGAAAAGCUUUUAACCAAUCCUCAACUCUUACUAGACAUAAGAUAAUUCAUACUGGAGAGAAACUCUACAAAUGUGAAGAAUGUGGCAAAGCUUUUAACCGGUCCUCAAACCUUACUAAACAUAAGAUAGUUCAUACUGGAGAGAAACCCUACAAAUGUGAAGAAUGUGGCAAAGCUUUUAAGCAGUCCUCAAACCUUACUAAUCACAAGAAAAUUCAUACUGGAGAGAAACCUUACAAAUGUGAAGAAUGUGGCAAAGCCUUUACUUUAUCUUCACACCUUACUACACAUAAGAGAAUUCAUACUGGAGAGAAACCCUAUAAAUGUGAAGCAUGUGGCAAAGCUUUUAGUGUAUUCUCAACCCUUACUAAACAUAAGAUAAUUCAUACUGAAGAGAAACCCUAUAAAUGUGAAGAAUGUGGUAAAGCUUUUAACCGGUCCUCACACCUUACUAAUCAUAAGGUAAUUCAUACUGGAGAGAAACCCUACAAAUGUGAAGAAUGUGGUAAAGCCUUUACCAAGUCCUCAACUCUUACUUAUCAUAAGGUAAUUCAUACUGGAAAGAAACCCUACAAAUGUGAAGAAUGUGGUAAAGCUUUUAGUAUAUUCUCAAUCCUUACUAAACAUAAAGUAAUUCAUACUGAAGAGAAACCCUACAAAUGUGAAGAAUGUGGCAAAACUUUUAACUACUCCUCAAAUUUUACUAAUCAUAAAAAAAUUCAUACUGGAGAGAAACCCUAUAAAUGUGAAGAAUGUGGCAAAAGCUUUAUUCUGUCCUCUCACCUUACUACACAUAAGAUAAUUCAUACUGGAGAGAAACCCUACAAAUGUAAAGAAUGUGGCAAAGCUUUUAACCAGUCCUCAACCCUUAUGAAACAUAAGAUAAUUCAUACUGGAGAGAAACCCUACAAAUGUGAAGACUGUGGCAAAGCCUUUAACCAGUCCCCAAACCUUACUAAACAUAAGAGAAUUCAUACCAAAGAGAAACUCUACAAAUGUAAAUAAUGUGUCAAAUCCUUUAGUGUAUUUUCAACUUUUAUUAAAACACAAGACAAUACUGGAGAGAAAUCCUACAAAUGUGAUAAAUGUGGCAAAACCUUUAACUGGCUCUUAAUCCUUAUAUAAAAAAAAGAUAAUUCAUACUAGAGAGAAACCCUACAAAUGUAAAGAAUGUGGCAAAGUACUUAACUGGUCCCCAAAUCUUACUACACGUUAAAAAAAAAAAAAACCUUGAGAGAAACUACAAAGCUGGAAGACAUCGCAGUAAUUUUGACAACACCUCAAACUUUUCUAAGCAUAAAAUAAAUCAUACUGCUGAGGAACUUUCAAAAUGUGGAAAAUGUGACAAAACCUUUAAAUGAUUGUCACACUUGAUUGUAGGUAAGAUAAUUAUUACUACAAAAACUCUUACAAGUGUGAAGAAUGUGGCAAACUUUUUAAUGAAUACUCACACCUUAUUGCCAGGAAAGCAUUUACACUUGAGAAAAAUUGUACCAAUAUAAAGACUGUGAAAAAGCCAUUAAUGUCUGCUCACAUCUUACUCAACAUCAGAGAGUACUUAAUAAAAGUAUUAUAAAUUUAAUUACUGUCAAAAAAUCUUUCAGAAAAUAUAAGCUUUUAAAGUAGAGUAUUUAUUGUGAAGACAAACAUUACAAAUAAAAGAGGGUUGUAGUACCUUUACUUGUAUCACAGAUCUUACUGUACACGUUUUGUACUAGAGAAAACCGUGAAGCAGUUGCUUAAACUUUGUUCAACAUCAGGGAAUUCAGAUUGGAGGACAACCCUGCAAACGUAAUAAAUUUGAAUUUUUUUUCCAAAACUACAACUUAGACAACACCAGAGCGUUCAUACUGAAAUAUAUUUUUGCAGAUGCAGUAUAUAUUUAAAACAUUCAAUCCAAAAUUAAGUCUAUGUAAAUAUCAGAGAAUUUACAGUAGAAAUAUCUAAGGUAGGGCCGGGCAUGGUGGCUCACGCCUGUAAUCCCAGCACUUUGGGAGGCUGAGGUGGGUGGAUCAUGAGGUCAACAGAUUGAGACCAUCCUGGUCAACAUGAUAAAACCCUGUCUCUACUAAAAAUAUAAAAAUUAGCUGGACGUGGUGGCACGUGCCUGUAGUCUCAGUUUCUCGGGAGGCUGAGGCAGGAGAAUCACUUGAACCCGGGAGGCAGAGGUUGCAGUGAGCCGAAAUUAUACUGCUGCACUCUAGCCUGGCGACAGAGUGAGACUCCAUCUCAAAAACAAAAACAAAAAAUACUAAGGUACUGACACUUCAGACAUUACACUGUAUCAAAGUGCUGAGUGUAAAAAAUGAUCCCAAACGGUAGAUAAAUUUAUUUGUACAUAAUUUUAAAAAGAGUAGAAAAUUUUUUGAAAGUUUGUAAUUACAUUCAAACUAUACUUCCCCCUUCCCCCCCUUGAGACAGAGAAUCUCUCUGUCGUCCAGGCUGGAGUGCAGUGGCACAAUCUCAGCUCACUGCAACCUCUGCCUCCUGGGUUCAAGCAAUUCUGCUUCAGCCUACUGAGUAGCUGGGAUUACAGGUGCACACCACCACGUCUGACUGAUUUUUGUGUUUUUAGUAGAGACGGGGUUUCACCAUGUUGGUCAGGCUAGUCUUGAACUUCUGAUCUCAUGAUCUGCCCAGCUUGGCUUCCCAAAGUGCUGUGAAUACAGGCUUACGCCACCGCGCCCAGCCCAAAGUAUACUUUUUCCCUUGAAAAGAAGUACAGAUUUUUUAAAAAGCUAAUAAUGCUGUAAUUCAACUCUGAAAUUACUUGAUGCUAUUUCUUCAUUUCUAUUGUAUUCGAAUGUGAUCAGUUGUCACUGCAUCAAAGAUAGGAGAGUUUCUUUUUUUUUAAGUGGGCAUUAUUUAUGACCUUUUCUUUGGAAGAGUAAGGACAUUAAAAUGUUACAUGCAUGAUGAAAAUCUUAGUGGAGACGCUAUUUGUGGUUAACUUAUGAUAUUGAGUGGUGCAUGAGGUAGGUGUUCACAGUAAUAUUCUUUUGCAUUAUAGUGAGAACGUACUUGUUUUGUUAAAAUUUAAAAAUUAGUAUAUGAUUUUACUACUUGUACUUUUAUGUAAUAAAAUGCAGUACAUUUUUAAAAUUUCA